AUGACUGUAGCCGAUUCGAGUACCCCAAGGCCAACUCCCACAAUUCCCAAUGGCGGCUUCUUCAGCGCUUUCGCAGAGACAAAGAUAGCAGCUCCACCUGCUGCUGUCUACAAAGCUUUGAUCGACACUUCGAUCUGGGGGGACUGGAACGAUUUCGUGUCUUCAGUCACCAUUACUAAACGUCCUAGCACGAGUCUGGAGUCAGGUGAUGCUACCAUGAAGAAAGACAUGGUCUUGAGCUUCCAAGUCAACAUGACUCCUUCCAUGACCACCACCAGCAAAGAACUGGUCACUCAUGUCGAUGAAUGUCCAAUCGGCACUCAACCUGGUCACAUAACUCGUAUCAACUGGGUUAUGGAUAACAAGGGAAACUUUGCUCCAAAAUUCAUCUUGACCGCCGAGAGGGUGAAUGAAAUUGAGGAUCUUGGCGACGGAACAUGUAUCUACAGAUCUUGGGAGACAUUCGCAGGCUUUGCUGCCCGCAUAGUCAAGUGGAAGUUUGGGCAAGCUUUGCAGAAGAAUUUCGACAAUUGGGCGACUGGAUUGCGGCAAUACGUCGAGGAACAAGACAUAAAGGCUAGGGAACGCGACGCCGCUAUCGAAUUGGCUGCUUAA